AUGAUUUCCACAUUUGAUGAUUUCAUUCACAAUCUAUUCACAAACCAUCAAGGCUGGUUCUUAACAGCGUUGAGUUCUUUGAUGUGUAUAUUUGGUGCAUCUAUCAUAUAUUCGGAUCUUUUGGUUAAAUGGGUGAAUCCAAAUUCAAGUUUUGAUAUCAAGAGUAAUGAAAGAUUCUUGAUUUGUGGGUUUAGUUUGAGUAGUGGUUCAUUAUUAUUCACAUCUUUUUUCAAGCUAUUACCAAAAGGUUUAGAGUAUUUCAAUAAGGCAGCAUCUGGUGAUAAUGAUGAUGAUGGUAAUAGUGAUUCACAUGGGGACUUAUUAAAGCCAAGUUUGAGUUUAUUGGUUUAUUUUCUCAUUGGUAUUAUUGCCUGUGAGUUAUUGAACUAUGGUAUUCAUUAUUUCACAAGUGAAAGUAUAGUUCAUUGUAACCAUGGGGGUGAUUCAGAUGAAGAACAUGAUCAUUCUCAUUCACAUGGAUCACAUUCUCAUUCACAUUCAUCAUCAAGUGAAGAAUUAGAAAACAAACUAGAUCAUAGUCAUAGUCACAAUCAUCAUACGCAUAAUCAUAGUCAUCAGUAUGAUGAAGAAUCUCUACUUUCAAAUGAUGAGCCACAUUAUGGAUCAAGUGGAGAAACAAACCCAUUAGUUGUUCAACAAACUACGGUUAUACAACCCAACCACGAUCAUUCUCAAGAUCAAGAUGCUACAGGACCGGUUAUUGCAACAAGGAAGUCAUUUUUCGAUAUAGCAUUAAACAAAAUAACACAUCGUGGAUCAGCUCAAUGUAUUGGCAUUGAUGAUGAAGAUUGUGAAGGAGAUCCAAACUGUAUUAAUGAAGAAUUAACAACAAAUGUUGCAAAUGAUUUACAUAAUUUGAAUUUCUAUAGAGGUUUAGCAAUCUCAAAAUCCAAGAAUUCAUUAGUUGCAUAUACAACAAGCUCACCACAUCAUAAUGUCAUUGAUGGAGCUUUGGAACAUGGGGACUUAGUGCCAAUUCAUCCUUCAAAUAUUAGGUUAACGAAUGAGCCAAAUUUGGAUUUACAUCAACAACAUAAAGAUGAUCAUCAUCAUCAAAUCAAUACCCCAAUUUCUAAAUUAUUAUCAAUUGGUUUACAAACUUGUUUAGCAUUAACUUUACACAAAUUUCCUGAAGGGUUUAUUACUUAUGCAACAUCAGCAGCAGAUCCUAAAUUGGGAGUUUCAAUUUUCCUUUCAUUAGCCAUUCAUAAUAUUGUGGAAGGGUUCUCAAUGACAUUACCAUUAUAUUUAGCAUUUAACUCAAGAUUAAAAGCCUUUGGUAUGACUUUCAUAUUAGGUGGGUUGAGUCAACCUAUCGGAGCCUUAUUGGCAUAUUACUUAUUGGCAGGACGUGAGAUAGAUCAAAAGGAAUCUUUUUAUAUUUUUGGAAUUUUGAUGUGUAUCACAUCAGGUUUCCUAUCAGUUGUUAGUUUGCAAUUGUUUGCGAGCUCCAUUAGCUUUGGAGGAAGUGCCAACAGAGUCAUUAGAUGGUGUAUCGUGGGGAUAUUCAUCAUUCAAUUGUCAAAUGUGUUUACAGAUUACAAUAAUUAG